ACGUCAAAUCAAGCAGGGUUCAGACCGGUCCGUCAUGGCUCUCGCUGCGAACCGUGCCAUGGGAUUCGCCCUGGUUGCGGUCGGCAUCACGCUCCUCGCCGGUUUCCUUUAUGCCGCCGUCCUCUCCAAGGCGCUUCCACCGCCGGACAACUGGUUCCUGCUUGCCAUUCGAAAUGACAGGUACUACUGCUUGCUUGUGCCCCUGACGGUCCCGGUGAUAAUCGUGGCUGUGUACCUGCACUGGAUGAGCAUGAAGAUGUUCAAGCAUGCCUGAGGACUAAUCAAGCGCAAGGAAGUCAUCCUAGUUCAUGACUCUGAAAGGCUGCAAUAUGUAUUUUUAGAGACACUAGACGUUUUUCCCCCCUUCUUCCUUGAGAGAAACUAGGCUACAUCUUACUAUAACACCGAGGUGUAAAUGUGUACUCGCUUUGCUGCCAUCAUUUGGUAACAUUGACUAGCAAUUCCUCUAAUUUGGCCAACGUUUGGUAACAUUUGCAACCAAUUGCUCUGCCAAAAAAGCAGAGAGCAAAUAAAACACUGGUACGCCAAAGUCACGGGACUCUUUACAGA